AUGGGGGGGGACAGGGAUGACCCCGGUCCAGCGGAGGGGGAGGGGUCGGACCUCCAGUUUCCCGUCGGCCCCGGUGGCUCCGCCCCCCCCGGCAGCGCGCGCGUGGGGGCGGGGCCAGGCGGGCACCGGGACCGGGACCGGGACCCCGCCGGGACCCACGUGCAGCCGGACCGAGAUGUGGCCGCUCCGCCUGGGCAGGGUGAGCCCCGGCGCUGGGGGGGCCGGGGGGGCCCCGGCAGCCGGGGGGCACAGCAGGGCAGCCAGCGGGCACAGCACGGCUCCGCCGCCGCCGCCACCGGGCAUGUCCCCGGGUGGACGGGGCAGGAGAGCCUGGCCGAGAGCGACCCCGAAAUCUGGAGCCUGGUGCAGAAGGAGAAGGAUCGGCAGUGCCGGGGGCUGGAGCUCAUUGCCUCUGAGAAUUUCUGCAGCCGGGCGGCGCUGGAAGCCCUGGGCUCCUGCCUCAACAACAAGUACUCGGAGGGCUAUCCUGGGAAGAGGUACUACGGGGGGGCCGAGGUGGUGGAUCAGAUCGAGCUGCUGUGCGAGCGGCGGGCGCUCGAGGCCUUCGACCUGGACCCCGCGCGCUGGGGCGUCAACGUGCAGCCCUACUCGGGGUCCCCGGCCAACUUCGCCGCCUACACGGCCCUGCUGCAGCCCCACGACCGCCUGAUGGGGCUGGACCUGCCCGACGGGGGCCACCUCACCCACGGGUACAUGUCCGACGUCAGGAAGAUCUCGGCCACCUCCAUCUUCUUCGAGUCGAUGCCCUACAAGCUUGAUCCGGCCGUGGGGUCGAGUGACCCGGUUCUGUCUGUCCGUAAGCUCCAGGACUUCAAGACCUUCCUGCUGCAGGACCCCGAGACGCAGCGGCGCCUGGGCGAGCUCCGCCAGCGCGUCGAGACCUUCGCUCGUGCCUUCCCCAUGCCCGGCUUCAGCGACCACUGAGGGGGGGCUCCCCUCCUGCCGGGCUGGGGCCACCGGGGGGGGGGCGAGGGGAGGCUGAAACCCCCCCUCUGCCCUUCCCCACUCCCCUUCAUCCCCCUUUAGCACCUUUGGGCGCUCCCUCCCCGGGGCGGGGUCGGUGCCCGCCCAUCCUGCUCUCAGUGUUAGGGUGCAGAGACCCCCCCAGACCCUGACUGGGGAGGGGGCACCGCUUGGUCCAGCCUCAUCUUGCACUUUUCUAUGGGGGGGGUUGCUAAUAAAAGCGGGGGCAGAGCCUG